AUGGCGACGGAAAUGGCUGAGGACGACGCCGGGGCGUUGUCUGUCGGUGACUGGCAAAUUUCUGAUGUCCCUUCCCCGGCCGACAGCUCCAAGUCCGACACCGAAGUGGAUGAAAAGGCCGGUUCCGACCCAAAUGCGCCUUCACAACCAAUACAAAAGCGCCGGCGAGUUACUCGCGCUUGCGACGAAUGCCGCCGUAAGAAGAUUAAGUGUGACGGGAAACAACCAUGCACCCACUGCUCCGUGUAUAGCUACGAAUGUACUUACGACAAGCCGUCAAACCGUCGAAGGAAUCCUGCGCCACAAUACAUCGAAGCGUUGGAAAGCAGACUACAACGGGCGGAGACUCUACUACGAAAGUUUAUGCCCGAUGUCGAUUUAGCCGACCCAAAUCUGGACCCAGCCAUUCAACAAGAGUUUCACAAUCGUGAACAGGCACGCGCAGGGGCUGGCAAAAUGCGAUCCGCGGCCGCUGCCGCACCCGACGCCGGAGAUGCUAAGCUCAUGACCAUGAUUGAUUCAAUAGGCCAGCUUGAUUUGGAUGACAAAGGUGGAUGGGAUUUUCAUGGUACCUCCUCAGGUGCUGUCUUUUUGAAGAGAAUGAAGGAACAGUUCCGCGGGCUUCUGGGUCCAGUUAGCAAGGCACCUUUCUUACCACGGGCCGAACGUGCGUCAGGCCUCAGUGCACUUGAUACGCCUUCUCCGGCAGCUGGCGCAUCUCCAUUUUCGUCAAUCUCUGCGUAUCCUGAACUUCCGCCAAAGGAUGUCGCCAGGAAGCUUUGCUAUUACUCUUUGAGCUGCGCAACGUGUCUCGUUCGAAUCAUCCAUAUACCGACGUUUUAUGAAAAAUUCGAGCAGAUCUAUGACAGGCCAAUCGAGAGUCUCAACCAGGAAGAAACUCAUUUCUUGGGACUUGUUCAUGCUGUCAUUGCCUUGGGCUGCAUGUACAACAACCUCGAGGACUCCAACCCAACCGCUGGAGGUUACAAGACGGCAAUUGAAGAAGGUCUCAAAUAUUAUCGUGCUGCCAAAAGCCUGCUACAAGAUCUUGCCGACUGCCGCGAUAUUGUUUCGCUUCAAGCCUUACUUUUUAUGACUCUGUUUCUCCAAGCCACCUCUAAUCUUAGUGCAUGCUACUCUUUUGUGGGCAUUGCUUUACGCUCAGCAUUGCGUAUAGGCUUGCAUCGGCACCUGGAGCACGAAAAGAUUGGAGUGAUUGAACAAGAAGUUCGCAAGCGAGUAUUUUACGUCAUUCGGCAGAUGGACAUCUACGUAUCUACCAUGCUUGGCUUCCCGCUCCUUCUUAAUAUCGACGAUGUCGACCAGCCAUUCCCGACCGAGGUUGAUGACGAGUUCAUCACAGAUACGGGCAUCAUGCCACCUCCUCUUGGCACACCUUCCUUCUUUGAAGCGUUCAAUGCCCACACUCGCUUGAUGGAGGUGCUUGGCAAGAUUACCAAGUUUGUGUAUCCCAUGCAUAUGCAAGGCCAACCGGCUGGAAAAGGGGAUAGCGGCACCACAUCCUGUCUCAUUAGUUACGGCCGCAUCAAGGAAAUUGAGGCCGAUUUGCAAACCUGGUAUGAUAGACUGCCGGAGAUGUGGCGACCGAGCCCAGAUGGGCCGAUAGAGGUUGUCCGUGUGAGGCAUCUCUUACGUUUUGCCUAUGCUCACGUUCAGCUCGUCUUAUAUCGACCUUUUCUUCAUUAUAUUUCUCCUCGGCACAGUCACGGAACAAAAGUCGAUGAAUUAUCAUAUGCAUGCGCGGCUGCCGCCGUAAGCGUGUCACGCAAUAUCGUACAUAUUGGGCUAGAGAUUCGGAAGCAGCGCGUCCUCAGUGGGCCUUACUGGUUCAUGCUUUACACCGAAUUCUACGCCGUACUCUCUCUGGUAUUUUACGCUAUUGAGAAUCCCGACAAGCCUGGUUCUCAAGAAGUCUUGGCCGAUGCUCAUGCCGGGCGUCAAAUGAUCGCUGACCUGGCAGACAAAAGUCUCUCAGCUGAUAGAGUGACCAAAGCAUUAAAAGUACUUUUUGACCAACUUCCUGAAAGGCUGGAGCAAGCCCGUUUAGCAAGGCCUGCAGGCAAUUCCAGGAAACGAUCUGCUGCAGGAUCCAAGUCUGGGUCGAUAUCAACAACACACGCAGGCGCCAGCCGGACUAUACCAGUGGCCAGAGCCGAAGAUUUCAUCCGAAGCCGCAGCGGCGGCCUCCCAGGGCCCUUUGGAGCACCAAACUCUCGAGGCUCUGUUGAUGGCAGUAUGGGCCAAUCAUCGGACCCAAGCUUCCAUGACAUUCCCUUUUCAGGCAGUAUGCAUGAUAUUCUUCCUAUGGACUUAUCAUCCCGGACAACCCCGGACUCCACCAGCAAUGCAAGCAGCACUCACCGACACAGGUUUCCAUCGCAACCACUGAAUGCCCAUUCUAUACACAACCCUGUGAACAAACUGGACUCUCUCAUGUUUCCGUCCGAGGACCCCUUCGCUUACCCCAACCAGCCCAUGAUGGAGCUUGGCUUUCAACCAAAGGCAGAUGCACCGGGAAUCACCAUGGCCGCCCCGAAUGCAUCAUUCUUCUUCACUGGCUCCUUCGAGGAAAUGGGUGAUCAGAUUCUGGGACAACCUCCGCCGUACAUGACUCCCCAACAACAGCACCAUCCUAUGGGAAUGGCAGCGUCCAUGUACGAUCCGCACAAUAUGAUGGCACUGCACUCUACUCAGCAGCAACAACAACACAAUAGGCAAAUGCAACAACAAGCCAUGCAUCAACAGCAGCACCAGCAACAACAAGGCGGGGGGAUAUUCGCCAGCUUCCGCCGUGCCAGAGCGGACCGGCAACAAGAGAGACAGAUCGAGCAAAUGUUCACACAACAGGGUAUGCAGGCAGAUUGGGGGAGCUUUUUUGGUUCUGGGAGAGGUGGCUUCCAAGGAAUGUGA